UGAAAGUGAGAUAGAUUCAAAUAAUGAAGUUGAGUCAGAUAGUACAACCAAAAAAGGAAUGCUGGAUCCAAAAGAAUUAGUAAAUCCUUGUAAACGUAAAAGAAAAGGAUGGCCCAAGGGUACAGAUAGAAUGCGGCGUGCAG